AUGCAAUGGGACGACAGGCAUGAAGCAAAGGAGGAUAUACAAACACAAAAUGAAAAUGAGGAAAAAAGCGAGGAUGAAAAUGACGAGGAAUCAGAGAAAAAAGAAUUUGAUAAAAAUGUUAAAGAAUUGAAUGAUAUGUUCGAAAAUGACAAAUGUGCUACAAACGUUUUCAAGGCAAUAUUAAUUCAAACAUAUCGCAUAAGAUCAAAGUUUAUGUUAAACAAUAAAAUGUUGGUUGCCGACAUUAUUAGUCAAAUGAAAUUCGUCAAUACAUUGCAAUAUGUAAGAACCAAGUAUCUUGGUUUCCUGUAGUGAGAUACAUAUCGAACUAAAGCAAUCUAAUGCACUGACAGGAUCAAAACAACCCUAGUAAAAAUCGUAGACACUUCUUAAAAUUAUCUUACUAAGAUCUUAUAAUUCAUAAUUAAUGCUAUAAUUGUUUACGAAGUUAAUAAUUAAGUUAAAAACCUUUUUGAACUUUUUCUCUUCGUAUUUUAUUAAUAAAAUAAUAAAAUUAACUAGACGUUUCGAUAUGUUAACAUAUCAUCCUCAGUA